AUGCUCUCAAACGCGACCAUUCUACUGUGGGUUGACUUCGACAGCCCCAAGGACGUUCUUAUCUUUAUUUUCCACAUUCUGUUCGCUACAAGUGCUAUUCUCAUCGCUGGCUCGGUAGUGAUCGCUAUCUUUAGCACGAGAUCUCUGCGAAUACAGAACCGGUUCAUAUUUAUGUUGAACACCAGCAUCAGUGACACACUGACUGGUUUUUCCAUUUAUUACCUCGGUCUCUUCGACGUUCAAGAAGGCUACCCAUCCAGGAAUGGAACGUUUUACAUUUUGCCUUCAUUCCUAGGGGUGAAUGUGCUCACAUUUUUGUUUGCCCAAUUUGACAGGUACUUUGCAGUGUGCCACCCCUUUUUUUACAAUCGCUUCAUGUCGCGUUCGUUUGUCAUUGGAAUUUGUGCGUUUUGUUGGAUUUACACCUAUUCCAUAUUAAUGGUGCAAAACAUGGUUCCCAUCUCAACAGCUGCGCAGAUUAAUGCAUUCGGCGUUAUGACUUUGCAAAUAAUAGUUCUUACCAAGGUAUUGAUGACCAUCAAGUUGUACAUCAUAGCCAGAAACCAGCUAGGGCGAGAGGCACCCAGCACUGAGAGAGAUAACAAGAAAGAGUCUCUGCGCAUCAUAGUGUUUGUGGUCAUAUGCUUCUUAGUGUUAUGGGCUCCCUCCUUUGUCAAUAUCAUAGUGCGGCAGCUAACUUACCACGGUCUGAAGUUUAGGAAUGAGGCAACAAAUCUGUUUGCCAUCUUGGCGAGGUUUAACGCAUUGGUCACACCAGCGUUGUACAUCUGGGGCAGCCCAGCGCUAAGCUGUGCGGUAUGGAGAACGGUGUGGAGGAGAGUGUGUCCCAAGCGGAAGGGAAGGUAGGCUAUUACAAAGGAGUCACCAACCCUGGUCCUAUAGAGACCCCACAGGGUGCCAAGUUUCUGUUUCAGACCUAUAAACCAACUGAAUCAAGAUCUAAAUGUUAGAACAAAAGUCUACAACCUGGCUCUCCAGGUCCAGGGUUGGGAGUUAACACUGUCUCAACUAUUUACGUAAUGUGUCAAGACUGUAGGUGUUGAUGUUUCUGUUUUUUUCUCUCACACACAGAAUCGGUUUUGAUCACUUAAGGAUGAGCAAAGACAGAGGAAGAAUUUUAAGCAUAGCGAGGGUCUUGGGGCAACCGGUGUGAACAAUCUAAGUGCCUAAUUUUGCGCAACACCCAUGGCCCUUGUUUGCUUCAAUUUCCUUUUCCACUAUUUCCCCCCAAACUUUCUCUGGUAGCCUACCCACACUCUUGUAUUUCUUUUUGUUGUUGUUUUACUGUAAAGACUGACACAUUUUCAUUUCUAACCUGGUAUUAAUACAUUUCAUUUUAAUGAAUUAAUGCACAUGUUAAUGCACCAUCAUUGUCGGAGAUAGGACCCUUCCAAGAAUGAUGCAUGAGAAAUGUAAAUUCACUUUUGUUGUGGGAAAAGGUGAAAUAGGAUUUGAGAGAUGGAAUGGACCAGACUGUAAAAUUGUCUCUCCUAACCAGCAUUUAUUUUUCCAGCUAUCCAAAAAUAUUUCACUAGGAAUGUCAUAGUAUCGAAUGCUACCUCAACUUCACCUUUAAAAAUGGAUGAUUCAUUAACCUGCACGUCUCUUGUGGUAAAUUCUUGCAAACCCUGCGCCUAUUUUAUUACCCUGCAUGUGAAAUGUACGUAGUCCAACCAUAUGUGGUAUGUCAUCAUGGCUACAGACGUUCACAGAUGGACAAUAUUGAAAAUAUUUAGAUUAAAGCCUACAUAGGCUACACAAGUUGCACAAGAGUUGUAGCCAACAAGACUACACCUGCUUAUUUGUAAAUUGUUGACUGCGUAUAUGUGAUCACUAAAAUGUCAGUAUUUGUUCUAAAUGUGAAGAUG